CACAAUGAACCGUGCAGCGGCCACCGAUGCGAGGUGAAUACGGGACAGAUGCUGCGACAGGUGGCCUACUGGCCAAAAAUGGGGGAAGACAUACACAAACAUGUGUCCAACUGUCUCGUGUGUUGGAAUGGCAGCCCUCCUGCUCACGCUCCUGCUAACGUACCUUGCCAAGCUAGAAGGGAGCCAAGAGCUGAUCAAGCCAGGACCAGAAUCCGGGGUGAUGCUGAGAGACUCCUCCAGCUUCCUAGUAACCGAAACGAAAAUAGUAACCCAACAAGUCUAUGUCUCCUUGGAACCUGCCUUGGUGGUAAAGAAGCACUUCGGGAAGUUACCACCCCAAGCCACCCAAGCAACCCGAAUAUGGUAUUAUGACUUCCUAAGAUAUAGUGAACAGAAUAUCGGAACGAUCCUGAAGCAAUUACAAAGAACCAUGAUACUUCCCCCCACCACUGUCAACCUAACACGUUCCAAGAGGUCUAUCGGCCUGGGAGGGGUCUUUGGAAUACUAUCCGGUUUUAGCUCCUUAAUCACACUAGGAGUUUCCAUAUCCAACGCCGUAAAGAUUGGACACCUCACGCAAGGUAUCGAGAAUUUACAGCUCGAUAUGCAUCAGAUCCAUCAGCAAAUACAACACCAACAAAAGAAUCUGGUCGAAAUGGGAUCCACCCUCCGAGACACCGUGGUUCUCGUAAACCUACAUUCUAUCAUGAUUAACUUAACAUUCCAAGAAUUGAGUUCUGCAAUCCGAGGUCUAUACGAAGAAGAGAGUAUUCGAGAGCCAAUUCAGUGGGUGAUCCAAGACUUGUUGCGUAGCAUCAGCGGCAGCGUCAGUGAUCUUAUACAAGGACAAAUUCCGUCAUAUCUGGUAACUCCAACACUGAUAAAAGAUGUGCUACAAGCAGCAUCCCCGGAAACAAUCAGUCCAACUCAAGUACAAAUUGCCUUCAACAUGGGUACAGCCACACCCAUACAUGUGGACCCCCAAACUAGACAGCUGGCAUUUUUGCUAAAUUUACCCCUGGUCAAACCCGGAAAUGUAUUUCGAUUGCGGACAGUAUUGAACGUGGGUACAUGGAAUAACGACAUUUACUCCAAGAUGGAAACUCCCUUAGUGGUGGCCUACCAGGAAGAAGGCCCCCUUAAGUACCUGGUGCCUGACCUAAACCUGUGUCAAAUAAUGAAAGAGGUUCAUUGGCUCUGCCCAGGGGAACCAUUUCUGACCAAUACAGCAGAACUAAUGUGUGGUCUGUCAAACCUAAGCUCCAAGGAAGCUUGCAAGUUUAAGCUAAGUAAACCCAAAGAAAGAACCGGAACAGUGGCCAUGAUAGCUAAUGCCCAGUGGUUGAUUAGCACCCCUCUAGACACGGCAAUUGUUUCCACCGAUCAACACUCCAUAACCAUGGAAGUUCCGAUUCCAAGCCACGUCGCACUGGUCACAAUACCAAGAGGAACAUUCGUACGCAUAGGGGACAAGGUAUUAUAUAACCUAGACAAAAGCCUACACCAAGCGGAGGUAGAAAUAGUAGACACAUUCCGAGGCCACAAGUUUGAGAUAAGCAGCACUCUGUCCAACUUGUUGAACAGUAAAGAAUUCCAUAUGGUGAAAUUAUCCCUCAGCGAAUCAGAGAUUAACAUAACAGAUCUUACUUGGGCGACCGAAGUGGCUGGAUAUCAGCGAAAUCAACAGAUGGGGAUGGGAAUCACAGGGGCAACAGGGAUGAUCAUACUAGUCCUGGCUAUUCUAACCUUAACAUACCAUGUGGCCAAAAUGAAUGCCGAACUUAAAAGACUAAUCGCAGGCACAAGCCACCUACCAUUCGAGCCCAGGAACAGGGAUAGAGCCAAGGCCUGAUGAUGCCACCCAAGAAUAACCGUAGAGACUAUCUUUUUAACGAUAUCUCCUAUAACACGUAGUCAAUAGAAUAAUUUUUCCCUCCCUUAUCGUUUUACCUUCCUUUAGAAUUUUUUU